CGUGUACUUGAUUACUACAUUUAAUUUAAGAUUUUUAAAAGAACUUAGGAAAGUAAGUGAGUUGAAAAUAACCAUAUGGUUUAAAGGAAGUCAUUAAAUUUUCAAAUGCUGUUGUAAUGUAAUUAAUGUAAAAGUUGAUAAAUAUGAACGUUUAAAAAACAAAACAAUUCCGAGCAAAUCGUUACGUUAGAGUUUUAACUUUUUGAGCAAAUAUGUUUCAGUUUUUCAGCAAAAUAUUUGUAACAGAAAAUGGAUUAAAUCAGCGCAGUGUUGGAUUAGCUCUAAUGGCUGCUGCUGGUUUAUUUCUAACACUUGGGAAUGUUCUUGUGCAAUAUAUUUAUCAUAUCUAUAAAGACUUUUCGACUUAUGAACUGCUUUUUUUAAGGAGUUUUAUCCAGUUACUAUUUUGCAUAGUUUUUAUGCUUUCCCGAAAAGUUCAUCCAUAUGGUGAGAAGAAGUUAAAUCUGUUAUACUUAUUUUUUAUGGGAGUUGUUGAAGAUGCAGCAAUAAUAUUUUUUUAUCUUGCUCUCCAACUGAUACCCAUUGCAGAUGCAACUGUUGUUCAAUUCACUUCACCAGUUUUUACUGUGUUUUUUAGUUACAUAUUGUUGCGCAAAGGUUGUGGCAUAAUUGAGGUGCUUUGUGGCUGCAUAAGUUUCUUUGGUGUUGUAGUUAUAGCAAAACCAGAUUUAAUUAUGCCUGAUAAUGGAAUUGUUCCAGUAAAUCAGUUGAGCAAUAAUAUUACAUCUGUAUUUCAAAACCCUCAAUACAUGCUGGGAAGUGGUUUUGCUUUGUUAGCUGCAAUGUCUAUAAGCUUAUUUCUCAUACUAAUAAAACUUCAUGGAUCAAAGUUUGAUAUCACACUUACAGUAUUUUAUCCUAGUUUUCUAGGAAUUAUUAUUUCUCCGAUUGCAAUGCUUAUAAGACAUGAUCAAUUUUUAUUUAAAGAAAUCAAGGCACAGCAUUGGUAUAUAAUUGUUAUUUCUGGCAUUGUAUUCUUUAUUGGAUUAAUGUUAAUGGCAGAAGCAUUGCAGUUGGAAGAUGCAGGUCCAGCAAUUUUAAUUCGGAAUUGCGAUGUUAUUUAUGCCUUUGUAUUACAAUACUUACUAAUGAGUCAAUUGCCUUCACGGAGUGCUUUGUUAGGAACAUUUAUAGUUUUAGGAUCAUCAAGUGUAAUGAUCCUCCAUAGGGUGUUUAAUCUGCAACAGCAGUGUUGUAAUGAAUGUUGUGGUAAUAAAUGCAUUAAUCAGGAGCCAAUUCAAGUUGAGGAAGAAAAACAUUUUAUGCUAAAUGAAUUUGUUGAAGAAGAUGAAGAAUUGAAUAAUUAAAUGAAAAUAAAAAGUCUAAUAUAUUUAUUAAAAAAAGAUUAGCCUUUCUUUAAAAUUUUAUUUAUUUAUGGUGCUUCUGGAUUAUUUAUAUAUGUGUAUAU